CUCCCGCCCCGCCUCACCAUAGAGAUGACAGGCACGGCGUGGGUCGCGGGGCCUGCCGGGAAGGGAGCGGCGUGCCGCGGCCUCGCAGCUUAACCGGCCGGCGGCGGCGAACCUGAGAGGGCGUGCGGGCCGCCGCUAUGUCGGGAGGGAGCAGCGCCGGCGAGUGGUGCCUCAUGGAGAGCGACCCGGGCGUCUUCACGGAACUCAUCAAGGGCUUCGGUUGUAGAGGAGCACAAGUUGAAGAAAUAUGGAGCUUAGAACCAGAGAACUUUGAAAAAUUGAAGCCAGUACAUGGGCUCAUUUUCCUCUUCAAGUGGCAGCCUGGAGAGGAACCAGCAGGUUCUGUUGUUCAGGAUUCCAGACUGGAUACAAUAUUUUUUGCUAAACAGGUAAUUAAUAAUGCUUGUGCUACUCAAGCCAUAGUAAGUGUGCUAUUAAAUUGUGCUCAUCAAGAUAUCCAUCUAGGAGAGACUUUGUCAGAAUUCAAAGAAUUUUCACAGAGUUUUGAUGCUGCGAUGAAAGGUUUGGCACUAAGCAACUCUGAAGUGAUUCGGCAAGUUCACAACAGUUUUGCCAGACAGCAGAUGUUUGAAUUUGAUGCAAAGUCUUCAGCAAAAGAAGAAGAUGCAUUUCACUUUGUUAGCUAUGUUCCUGUUAAUGGAAGGCUAUAUGAACUAGAUGGCUUAAGAGAAGGCCCAAUCGAUUUAGGUGCAUGUAAUCAAGAUGACUGGAUAAGUGCUGUACGGCCUGUCAUAGAGAAGCGUAUACAAAAGUACAGUGAAGGUGAGAUAAGAUUUAACUUGAUGGCUAUUGUAUCUGACAGAAAGAUGAUAUAUGAGCAGAGGAUUGCAGAAUUACAGCAGCAACUUGCAGAGGAGGAACCUAUGGAUACAGAUCAAAGUAGUAACAUGUUAAGUUCUAUACAAUCAGAAGUUGCAAAAUACCAGAUGUUAAUUGAAGAGGAGAACCAAAAAUUAAAAAGAUAUAAGAUUGAAAAUAUUAGAAGAAAACAUAACUACCUGCCUUUCAUUAUGGAAUUAUUAAAGACUCUAGCAGAGCACCAACAGUUAAUACCAUUAGUAGAAAAAGCAAAAGAAAAACAGAAUGCCAAGAAAGUUCAGGAGGCCAAGUGAAGAUGACUUUGCAAAACACAUACAGUUAUUUGCUUCUGAAACUAUUUUCAUGACAAACAAAUAAAACCUUUCAUAAACUUUGAAUUUUGUCCAGUGCACGUUUGACAGUUGUAACAGUUUGUCUUGUACUGUAUGCACAGGUCUCAUUUCCUUCCUUCCCCUGCAUCUUGUGCAUGUAGUACUGCUAAAUAAUGUUUAGGUUCUCUUGGUCAAAUUCAGUAUUUAACAGUCUCUCUGAUUUCUGGAAGCUCUGGAAGUGGACCUGAAAAAAUAUGCAAGGAAAAUGUACCCAUUUCAUCGCACUUGAAUAUACAAUAAUGAAUGAUACAAAUGCAAGAGUUCAAGCAUGAGCUUUCUUUGCUCAUCCCUACUAACAGCUAUAAUACUAUCCAACUGUUCAGUGACAUACCCUGUGUCUUUGUUUAUAUGAAGUAUGUGUCUAAUUUUUUUACAAAAUUGAAAAGUAUCAAUUUAGUUGUAGAAACAUUUGCAAAGACCAAUGUAUAACCUCGGAAGAUCUGCAUCGCUUUAGUAGAAAAGAUAAUAAAAUAUUCCCAUUUUUAUUUU